AUCAUGACUUGUUAGCGUGAAUGGAACCAGACAGUGAUAAUUAUUGGAGAAAUGUCAACUUUUCAGAGCGAAAGCGCUUCCACUUCAAAUUUGAGAAGGCAACAUCGCUACCGCACACGAGCCCCCUCCUCCCAGGUGGAUGAAAGCCUGUUUGAAAAGAAGACACGGAGAUCAUCACAUUCGGCCUCGAAGGCAAAGGAUGUGUCGGUGCAGAAGCAGAUGGGCAACACGAUCCAAAUUGUCACCAAAGACCACGUACGCAAUCUCAGGGUUCCAUGCAGUGAUCCUUCUGGACAGUCCAUCAUUCUGCCAUUAUCCGACUUUGAAUGCCUGUGGGCUGCUCAGGUGAUUCUUGGUGCUCAGUGCCAAGCCACACGUGACGCCCAAAUCCAGGAGAAGAAGCAAAUCCAGAUGGAGAUGCUGGAGGAGGAGAAGCGUCUGGAUGCCAUGAUGGAAGCUGAGCGCCGCAGGUUCCUGGACAGGGUGGAGCAGACUGAUGAACUACGUAAGCAGGAGAGGAUCAGUGGGAAACAACAAAUCUUUGAGCAGAUGCAGCAGCGUCUGGAGGAGAGGCUGGUACAAGAGGAGCUAAAAGAGCAAGAGAAACACGAGACCAGAGAAAAGCAAGCCAGAAUGAACAUGGAGGACCUCAUGGCCCUGAAGAAGAGGAGGGAGGAACAACAGCGUCUGCACCAGGAGGUCCUGCGCAUCAAUGCUGAGACACUGAGGGCACAGGAGCUGAGGAGAGAAGAGGAGAAGCUGGCGGACAUGAAAGAAAUGGAGUACAUCAAAAACAAAUUGCAACGAGAGGCCGAGUACGAAGCGGAACAGAAGAGGAUGAAGAGGGAGAAGGAGUUGGAGAUUGCCAAGAUGAGAGCUCAGCAGGAGAGAGCGAGAGACCACAAGGCCGACCAGGAUGAGCUUCGUGCUAAGAGGAACCAAGAGAUUGCUGACAGAGAAUGGAGGAGGAAGGAAUUGGAGAUGGCUGCCAAGAAGGCUCAGGAGGAGGCCAUGCUUCGAGCUGCUCGCCUCGAGCAGGUUCAGCGUAAAGAGCAGCUCUUGUCCAUGGAGGCCGGCCGAGAGAAGGCUGAGUUCGAGAGGGUUCUAAAGGUUCAACAGGAGGCGUGCGUCAGACAGAAAGAAGAAGACCAAAAGCGGCGUCAGAAGGCACUCCGCCACGCCGAGGCCAUCAGGCAGCAGGUGAAGGAGCUGGAAAUGGCCAACGUCGCCAAGUGCAAAGAGACCUUUAAGGAGGCGGAGAAACUGAGCGAGGAGGCCCGGCAGAGACUCAAGCGCAUCAGUGACAUCAAACGGAAGAAGCUGAAGGAGCUCAAGGCAAUAGGGCUCAGUGAGAAAUACUGCAGUGAAGUGGAAAGGAAAGUAUGGCCGCUUUGAUCUACUCAGAUUAAAUCUACACAGCAUCAACAAGAAAAUACCUUUUAACAUGACCUACAAAAUAAGUAUUUCACUAUUUUGAGCAACCAUGUGGCGAUUGGUACAGUUCAGAUGUAGUGAUUCAUAAAUGGUAUCGUAGGUGCAUACGGUAUGCAAAUUGCAUGGUUGUGGAAGACUGUAAUGUAUCACCAUGGGAAUCUUCCAAUUUUAUGUUUGGACUAUAAAGGUUGUUCAACUAAAACACUUGGGGUCGACUCAUGAUUAUCUGUAAUGAGUGAAUAAACAAAUUCAUCUUGA